CACAGGACAUGCGAGCGGAGGACUGAGGAGGGGAACUGAGGAGAGAGGAGGGGAAAUUAGAGUAUUGAGAAACCUCUACUGGGUCCAGCCUCCUCUCUGCUGGUAAAGAUACUACAGCUGUACAAUGAGAGGAGGGGUGAUAGCCCAGAGUCAUAGGAGGUGUCUUUAAAACAGCUCAAAGAUGGAGGACGACCUGGUGUCGGAGGAUGAUAUCUUGCUGUGUUCAGAGAAGGAGUUCCAUGAUGCUGCACGGAGGAACAACACAGGGAAAAUGCAGGAACUCAUCAAGAAGGGCGUUAACGUCAAGGCCAAAAACAAAAUUGACCGUAAGGCCCUGCACUGGGCAGCCGGAGCGGGGAGCGAACAGGCUCUGCGGAUGCUUCUGGAACACGACACUGAAGUGAACGAGAGGGACUCGUUUGGCAUGACCGCUCUGCUCCUGGCCUCCUGGUUUGGUCAUCUUAAAGUCCUGCAGAUCCUGGUGUCCUGUGGAGCAAAGCUCAACAGUGAGAACAAAGAUGGUCUCAGUAUGCUGCACUGUGCUGCCCAGCGAGGCCACAUCAAAGUGUUGGAGUUCAUCAUGGAGGACCUGGAGGACAUCCGGCUGGACCGAGUUGACAAGUCAGGGAAGACUGCGCUUCACCUGGCAGCUGAACAUGGACAAUUUGAGGUGGUAGAGUUUCUGAUUGGAAUGGGCUGCACACAUGGUCUGAAGGACAAGGAAGAGAACACUGCCAUGCACCUCGCAGCACGGAGCGGGCACACACACAUCCUGCAGAAGAUGGUGGAGAUGGGGGUGGACGUGGACGAGAGGAACAAAGAAGGCCUCACAGCGCUGCACCUGGCCUCUGACGGAGCUCACUGUGAGUGUGUCCGGCUGCUGCUGGAGGCCGGCUGCGAGGCUAACGCUCUGACUAAUAAGAACAUGACUGCCCUUCAUUACGCGGCUCAGCAUGGCUCUGACAGAGAAGCCAGUCUGCUGCUGGAGGCAGGGACCCACAGAGACGCUGUGGACAGUCAACACAACACAGCUCUGCACCUCGCUGUGUUCCACCACCAUGCAGAGGUUCUGCGGCUGCUCAUAGGCGCUGACUGUGACCUGGACCUCGCUGACCGUAGACAGCAGACUGCGCUGCACAUCGCAGCAGAGCACGGCUGGCAGGACCUGGCUGAAAUGAUGCUCAUCUCUGGAGUUGACCUCAAUCUGACUGACAAGCAGGGGAAGACCUGUCUGGAGGUGGCCGCCAGAGGAAACCACGUCAUCUUGGUCGACAUGAUCAUCAAAGCUGACCGCUUUUAUAAAUGGGAGAAGGAUCAGAUGGGCAGGGAGUUGGACUCCUGGGUGGGGCGGCCCCUGAGCUUUAAGCAGGACCACCAGCAGGAGACUCAGCACCUCCGCUCGGUCCUGUGGAGCCUGGCCACCAAGCACCUGUGCCGGGGGGAGUGGAAGAUCCUGGCCCAGCACUGGGACUUCAGCGAGGCUCAUAUACGGGCUGUAGAACAACAGUGGACAGGUAUGAAAAGCUUCAAAGAGCACGGCCACAGGAUGCUGUUAGUCUGGCUUCACGGCGUGGUGAUGGCGGGGGAGAACCCGGUCAAAGGUCUCUACGAGGGGCUGGUGGAGAUCUCACGGACAGACCUCGCAGAGUCCAUCCGGCAGAAGGCGAACGCAGAGAGCUGCUCCCUCAAACUGUGCUCUGCUAUGUGAUCCACGCUGAGGGGCUGUGGGGGGGACAGAGCUCUGAGGAACUGUCAAUGCCCCAACUGAGCCCAUGAGUAGGUUUGUAUUAUCCAUGACCUGUUUACAUUAUUCACAUACUCAAUAUACUGUGAUUGUUCAGAAUUUUAUAAAAAGAUGGUUUGAAACCUGUGAAAUAUCUGUUUAUAAUGUAAAAUAAAAAAUGUCAAGGGCUUGAACGGUUACAACAUU